UAACUAUACGAAUAACGAUGAGACGACUUCAUUGGAUAACUACUUAUCUCUCGAAAGUUUUUUCCAAAAAUAUCCAAACCUUAAGAAAAACGAGUUUUACAUAACGGGUGAGAGUUAUGCCGGAGUUUAUAUACCAAUGUUAGCCAAACAGAUAUACAAACAUAACUCGACCAUCAAUUUGAAAGGGCUGGCCAUAGGGAACGGCUAUUUAGAAGAUGAAAAGGAUGAUAACUUCGGUCAGUCUAGGUUUGACUUUGCAUUGGCGCACGGGUUGAUCACAACCGCUGAUUAUGAGCUCAAAAUCGAGAAUUGCUGUGAAUGUAAGGCCGGUGCUGUUGAACACCAGUGCGAUUUCACUACACCUGCUAAUCAAACUAAAUGCGAUGCAACCAAGAUUGUCCAGAUGGGUACUCCCAACCCCUAUAAUAUAUACGACGACUGUGGACCUGACCUUAGCUAUCAGGCCCUGUUUGACAAGUACUAUAAACCA